CUAGGUAUAAAGCUCUCUCGAAUGACUCGCUGGAUACCGACUCAACAGCCGGGAUGAGCAGUGACUCUGACACGGAGCUUGACUCCUGCAUGUCCACCUUGUCCCUGGCUACGUCCACCACAUCUUUAGAGUCCCUGGACACGGUUGCAGGGUGUUCCAGUUCUAGCUAUACUGAUAAUCAAGGGUUAUAUGGACAACAGCACACUCCUCAUCAAGAAAACCGCGAUCAGUUUCAGUCUGAUUCUAUGUCUGCAUAUGGCAAGCGUUAUCAACCAGUGACGAAACAGAAAGUAUUAGUGACAGGCGUGACUGGGUUUGUGGCAUCUCACAUUACGAAGCGACUCCUCAAAACCAAUAAAUACAUUGUGCACGGCACAGUUCGAAGUAGACACAAUCGAAAGAGAGUGAAGCCGGUUACAAAGUUCCACAAUGCACUCGAGAACCUGAGGCUUUUUGAGUGUAACCUGCUCGACGACUUGAAUUGGGACAGGGCUGUGAGUGACUGUACCUAUGUUAUCCACGUGGCAUCUCCGUUCCCAGACUCCCAGCCCGGAGAACCCUCCUCAGUAGUGGUACCAGCAGUCGAGGGGACUAAGAGAGUUCUGGACGCUUGCAAAAGAGCGGGAACUGUUAAGAGGGUUGUUCUUACCAGUAGCAUUGCUGCAAUAUCAGGAGGAAAGCAGCGAGGGGAUUAUCAUUACACAGAAGGAGAGUGGAGUUUGCAGGGAGAUUGUGACCCUUAUUGUCUGAGCAAAGUCCUCGCAGAGAAAGCUGCAUGGGAUAUGGCUGCCACGGCGAACUUUGAGUUGGUAGCACUAAAUCCUACAAUGUGUCUCGGUCCUAUCCUUGUCGGGGAAUGUACCUCUAUGCUGCUUGUAAAGCGGAUAUUGGAGGGCGGCUACCCCAUGCUCCCUAAGAUAUUCCUGCCCACUGUUGAUGUAAGAGAUGUGGCGGAUGCUCAUAUUUCCGCUAUGCUAGCUCCGGAAGCUGCUGGGAAACGAAUCAUAAUUCAUUCCACCAACUUUUGGCUGAAGGACAUUGCCCAAACGAUACACGACGUGUUCACGGACCAAGGUUACAAGAUCUCAGUUCGGGAUAUGCCAGAUUGGGCUUUAAGUAUCGCCGCUAAAAUCAACAAAUCUGCCAAGUUUGUAUCCAGCAGCAUCGGGAAGAUCAUCACUUACGACACCAACAACAUGAACCAGAUUCUCGGAAUCGAAGGGAGGGAUGUGCGAGCAGCAGUUAUUGACAUGUGCUACAGUAUGAUUGAACUCAAAUUAGCCUCCACCAAGGGCAAAUACGUGCCCAACGUCAGCUACUUGGACGACACUGAGCUGUCAUUCGACAACGUCUUUCAGUUUUAAAGUUUUAAACGUAAAGCCGUUGAAAUACAAUGACUGAAACUGUCUGGGAAUUGUUGGGAAGAUGCUGCACUCCUUAUAAGGGCAUCACGUGGUAAUAGCACUCCUUAUAAGGGCAUCACGUGGUGUAGUGGAACAACAAAGCUAUUCGCUGCUUUUAAAGGGAAUGAUGAGUUUUGUUUGAACAGUUUUGCUCUAUUAAAACUAAAAAGUAUGAAAGAAAGAGGACUAUACUAUGAACUGUUUGAUUUUAAAUUAAUGAAAUCAUCAUGAGAUUGUAACUGUAAGACGUUAUUUGGAUUGAGAUGGCCACAAUGAUUUAUUGACUAACUAACAAGAAACUACUGCUGCGUUGUUGCAACCAGCCAUUUAGCGCGUUUAUCUAUUUAUUUUUAUCUGUCGUUAUUUUUACCUGAUCGAGGUCCAAGGCUUUAGCUGAUCCCUUUUAAGUUUUGAUAACAUAAUAUUGCCCUGAGACACCUGACUUAGCGUUGGAUUAUAUUUAUGAAUAUAAUUCACCGUGUCGUGCACCUCACAUGAUGAUUUUUGCUCCUGUUGAUGAUGUCGACAAAUUACAGAGGUUGACUUGAGACUGUUGGCAGAGGAAAUCAAAGUUAUACAAAAUGAUCAAUUUCAGAUUCUAUGUUGCAUGUGUACAAAUAGAUGGCGGUAGAAGUGAUUAUCGUUUUUUAUGUCUAUGGGAGGACGUAGAGAACUCGAAGUUUUAUUAUUUUAUACUUCUUAUGGACGAACACAUGGCUAAAUUAUAAUGGCUACCGUUUUCUUUUUUUCAUUUCAUUUAAGGAUAAUACUAUAUAAUAGGUUAUUAUCUUAAUCUUGCACGCAGUCACUCUCAAACUAUUUCAUGUUCAUAUGUCAAUAAAUCAAUCCGAAAAAGAGUUCAGCAUGAAAUGAUUUGAAAGUGACUCGGGACUGUCAUUAAAAUAGCAUGGAUAAUGUAAAUUUUAAUUAUGUGUGGUGUAUUGAAAAUUAUAUCACUUUUAGAA